GCAGCUAAAACAGAAAGCCUGUAUUUGGAAAGUACUAUGUGCAUACAAAUAUUUUUCUUGGCCAGGGUUCCAACCUGAGUCUUCAACAGCAGUGGUACAGUCCAGACAUAGUCUCACCACCUCAUGUGCUUUUUGGAUCUAGGCCUACUUUAGGACUGCUUCACACAAGAGGACAGCGACUCUGUAACAGGAACCUGCGAAAACACCAUGCGAUAACCAAACACUUGUCACUUGCUGGCCAGGUUCCCAAAGCCUGCAGCAACUAUACACGUGUUAAAAGCUCAACAUGCAGCAGUGGGAUUCAUCUAUGCAUGCCUAAGGGGAAGUGACUUCAUGUAGGAAUUUGAUCAUGGGUGGAAAAUCCUUUAGGACUCUGCACCAGGAAGAACCCAUGUACCCUAUGAGCUCGACCGACGGGGGCACCUUUCCCCCAAUGCCCCCCGCCAGCCUGCUGAUCAGUCUCAGAAAUGCUCCCCACAUGGGCCUCCCCCAGGGUUACCCCCACCCCUAAUGCAACCUAGCGCGCCUGGGAUUACCAACCCCCGAAGCUCUGCCCGCCAGAGCGGGGAGGCGAGUGGCGACGGCGCUCAUUAGCCUAUCUCGGUGCCCCCCCCCUCGCUCCUGACCGCUGUCGCCGGGCCUCCACGCUGUGUGUCCAGGGAGGAAAACGCAAGGGGGGGCGGUCCCUGACCGGGGGGGGAGAGAGAAAGAGCGGAGCGCGGUAGCAGCCCCCUCCCUCGCCGCCUCCUUCCCUCCCCCCCUUCUCCCUCUCUCCAUCGCUUGGCCGGGCUGCGCUCCUGUCGCCGCCGCCUCCAUCUUGCCUUCCUUCGCUCCCUUCCCCCCACCCCGCAACAGGAGCCGGAGCCGCGGCGGAGGAGCUGGAGCGAACGGGCAGCGUGUCCGAGGCAGGUCGGGAGCCGCGGCUAUGAGGGGGAGGCGCUGAAGGGAAGCGCGCCGAGCCGACAUCUUGUCCCCCCCCCUCCCCGACGGAGCGAGCCCGUCCGUCCCGCAGAAGACCCGGCGCCGCCACGGAGGAGGACAGGGUUUCUUGAGUUGCUGCUAUGAGGAAACCUCGGAGGAGGUCCCGACAGACCCUAGAAGGGAGACGUUCUCCUUCACCAUACAGCUUGAAAUGCUCACCCACGCGAGAGACUCUGACCUAUGCCCAGGCCCAGCGGAUAGUCGAAGUUGAUAUUGAUGGGCGUCUCCAUCGCAUCAGCAUUUAUGAUCCUCUAAAGAUCAUCACAGAGGAUGAGCUGACUGCCCAGGACAUCACAGAAUGCAACAGUAACAAAGAAAACAGUGAGCUUCCACUGUUUCCUUCAAAAUCAAAGAAAACUCAGUGUAAAGGCAAAAAAAGGGAGACAUGCACAAAACAUGCUCCUGGGACAUCUUUCCACCUACCACAGCCCAGCUUUCGGAUGAUUGAUUCCUUGAGCCAACCAGAUGCUCCAGCUCUGCCUUCAGCAUACUAUCAGUACAUUGAGAAGUCACCUGAGGAUGUUGAUGCUGAAGUGGAGUAUGAUAUGGAUGAGGAAGAUUUGGCGUGGCUUGACAUGAUCAAUGAGAAAAGGAAGAACGAUGGCUAUGGGUCAGUUUCUGCUGAGACUUUUGAAUUGCUAGUAGAUCGGUUGGAGAAGGAGUCAUACCUGGAGAGCCGCAACAAUGGGGCUCAGCAGACUCUAAUAGAUGAGGAUGCCGUUUGCUGCGUUUGCAUGGAUGAUGAAUGCCAUAACAGCAACGUCAUUUUGUUUUGUGACAUUUGUAACUUGGCUGUGCACCAAGAAUGCUAUGGAGUGCCCUACAUCCCUGAGGGGCAAUGGCUUUGUCGCUGCUGCCUACAGUCCCCUUCCCGCCCAGUUGAUUGUGUUUUGUGCCCAAACAAGGGUGGAGCCUUCAAGCAGACCAGUGAUGGUCGCUGGGCCCAUGUUGUUUGUGCCAUCUGGAUCCCAGAAGUCUGUUUUGCAAACACUGUGUUUCUGGAGCCCAUUGAGGGCGUAGAAAAUAUCCCACCAGCUCGCUGGAAGCUCACUUGCUACAUCUGCAAACAGAAGGGCAUCGGAGCAUCCAUCCAGUGUCACAAGGUGAACUGCUACACAGCCUUCCAUGUCACCUGUGCCCAGAGGGCUGGUCUCUUCAUGAAGAUUGAGCCCAUGAGGGAGACCAGCCUCAAUGGCACAACGUUUACUGUGCGCAAGACUGCUUAUUGCGAGGCACAUUCCCCUCCUGGCACAGUGAAGAAAGGGCGUACAACUACUGUUCACGAGGGAGAGGAGGAUGUUUCAAGGAAUGAGACAGUAGAUGGGGGCACUCCCAAGAGCAAGAACAAAGUGAAAUUGAAACAGAAGUUAAAGAAGGAAGCCUGUGCUUCUGCCCCUUUGUUGAUGGUUGCACAGAUCCCUUCAUACCGGCUGAAUAAAAUCUGCAGUGGUCUUGGCUUCCAGAGAAAGAAUCAGUUUAUGCAGCGACUGCACAACUACUGGCUUUUAAAGCGUCAGUCAAGAAAUGGUGUUCCACUUAUACGGCGUCUGCACUCUCAUCUACAGUCCCAAAGAAAUGCAGAACUGAAAGAGCAUGGUGAGAAGACUGGUGCAGUGAAGGAGGAACUGAAGUACUGGCAAAAACUGCGGCAUGACUUGGAAAGGGCACGGCUGCUCAUUGAAUUAAUUCGUAAGCGUGAAAAACUCAAACGUGAGCAGGUAAAGGUUCAGCAAGCUGCUAUGGAGUUGCAGCUCACACCUUUCAACGUGCUGCUGCGGACAACACUGGAUCUUCUACAGGAAAAGGAUCCAGCCCAGAUAUUUGCAGAACCUGUAAAGCUGAGUGAGGUUCCAGAUUUACCUGGAAUUCAUUCCAAGCCAAUGGAUUUUUCUACCAUGAGGCGGAAGCUGGAGUCCCACCAGUACCGGACACUGGAUGAGUUUGAGGAGGACUUUAACCUUAUUCUUACCAACUGCAUGAGGUAUAAUUCUAAGGACACCAUUUUCCAUCGAGCGGCUGUCCGGAUGAGAGACCUUGGAGGGGCAAUAUUGCGCCAUGCACGGAGGCAAGCUGAGACUAUUGGCUAUGAUCCCCAAGUGGGGAUUCACUUGCCUGAAUCGCCAAAGACAGAAGAUUUUUAUCGUUUUUCCUGGGAGGAUGUUGAUAACCUUCUCCUCCCUGAGAACCGGGCUCACCUUUCGUUGGAGGUACAGCUGAAGGAGCUACUGGAAAAGCUGGAUAUGGUGAGCACCAUGAGGUCAAGCGGUGCCCGAACUCGCCGCAUCCGACUCUUAAGACGCGAAAUCAACUCUAUCCGGCAAAAGCUGGCCCAGCAACACAAUAAAACCCUGCCAAAUGGAGAUCCAGCUCCAUGGGAGGAGGGGCUGGAAAAGAUGCUACAAGGAGAACGUGAUGAAGAUGGAGAGAAAGAUGACACCAAGCCCCCACUUCCCCCCACCCUGGAGCCCACAGGACCUGCACCCCCCCUAUCGGAGCUGGACUCUCUGCAGGACCCUCCAACACUCAAACCCAUUAGCGAAAGCAAGUCAUUGAACAGACUACAUAAGCGGCUGAAGUCCGAGGGCGAGCUCUUUGAUAAGAAGACACUGCAGAGGGAGAGCCACGCCUUCCAGCGCUUGCUCAGCGACAACGGCCUGAACGGAUUGGCCCUUCAGGCCACGGGCACUUCUGCCAGCCCCCCGUUUAGUGGAGUGGGCAGGCGGACGUCUGUCCUUUUUAAAAAAGCCAAGAACGGGGUGAAACUGCAAAGAGGUCUGGACUGCUCCCUUGAGAAUGGAGAGGAUCACAGCCAGAGUGGGCAGCUUUCCCCCUCCAGCGUAGAGGGUGAGCGGCCAUCCCGGAAACGGCCACAGAGUGGGAGCUGCAGCGAGAGUGAUGGCGAGAAAUCCCCCAGGCAGGCAGGAGUGACAGCACCAGUGACAAAUGGCUUCAGGAAACAUAUGGAAAGUGGGUCCGACUCAGAAUGCAGUUCUGGCCUCGGUAGUGGUCUCUCAUCUGACAUCUGCAGUGGCCAGACUCCGCACAAACGUAGCCGAGGAAAGCCUGCUCUUGCACGAGUCCCUUUUUUGGAUGGUGUAAAUGGAGACUUGGAAUACAGUAGCUCAGGUACAAACCUACUGAUGCCCUUUGAGGAGCACACAGAACUAGAACCUCUGGAACUUGUAUGGGCAAAAUGCCGUGGCUACCCUUCUUACCCGGCGUUGAUAAUUGACCCUGACAUGCCUCGCGAGGGCCUCCUUCACAAUGGAGUCCCGAUUCCCGUCCCUCCUCUGGAGGUAUUGAAGUUAGGGGAGCAGAGGCAAGCAGAAGUUGGAGAAAAGCUUUUCCUUGUCCUUUUCUUUGACAACAAGAGGACAUGGCAGUGGCUUCCACAGGAAAAAGUUAUUCCUCUUGGAGUAGAUGACACAGUGGAUAAACUAAAGAUGUUGGAGGGACGAAAAACCAGCAUCCGCAAGUCUGUCCAGGUGGCAUAUGACCGGGCCAUGAUCCAUAUGAGUCGAGUUCGGGGAGACCACCCUUUUGUCACACCAAAUUAUCUGUAGGGACUGAAAGAGCCUUCUCUGCCCUCCCUGCUCUUUCUGGAAAUGAUGCCUGCGUCUAUAGGCACAGUGAGUUUUGGGUCACUGAUCAGUAGGGGAUUCUCCCCUGCUUGGAAGACGGUGUGAAUGCUAUGUCUGCUUGCGUUCAUAACAGAGAUGCACUAUUCCUAGUAGUAGGGAAAGCAGCUGUAAAGUAUCUGAUAUGUGCCAUAAAGCCUGUCUGGAUUCUUUCUGAAUCUGUCUCAAUGAAGAGCCAGCAGGAAAUGAAGUGAUGUAAUAGUCUGACUAGGAAGAGGAUGUCAGGAGCAGCUGCACUGUCCUGCCGUGGCCUUGGUUAUAGGGCAAGGGAGAAGCUGAACUCAUUUGGCGAUUGGACUGCAAGCCUCAUGAGUCUCUUGUGUUUCAUUCUUCAGCUAGUCCCGAGUUCAGCUAACGAAGAAUUAUCUGGAGCCUGCCUCGGCUAUAAAUAAUCCUUUAUCCUUUAGAUGACUCUUGUGUGCCAAAUUUAAUAUUCAACAUACUUUUUCAUGUUAUUUUAAAAAGCACUGGUUUGCCCCACUGCAUUUAUAUAUUUAAAGGCUAGUCUAGAAACCUCAUGCCUAGGUUUAUAUAGGUUUGUAUGUUAGAUCUUACUGACAGGAAGGAUAGAGAUAAUAUUUUGGUGGGUUUUCCCUCCUCAUGCACAUUUAAAUGCACAGAGCUUUAAAUAUGAAGAUGAAAUCACUUGUGAAAUGUUUUGUGUGGUUACAUUUAUGAAGUCAACUUCAGGUUAAUAACAUGUUUGAAACUGGGCAAAACAGUGUUUUAAAUCUUCUUUUGGGAAGCACCUAACCUGCUGGAGCAAUGCUGUUAAGGACUAAGAUUUACUAGGACACAACAAAAACAGAACCUUUUUGGUUUUAAAAACUUCUAGCACAUAGCUCCAUUUUAGGGGCACUGCGUACAGAGGUUCUGUCCGAGUAAGAGCUGCCUCAUUCGCUUCUGUACAUCAUCACCCUGACCCAUAAAGCCACAUGAUUGCUGGAUGCCUAUAGAGGAGGCUGGCUGUAUGUAUGCAGAAACAGGUUUCCAUGUGGCCAUUGUGCACCUCAUGGCAUGUGCAGAGAUUUCUCCCCCUUUAAAUGGUGCAGUACCUGCUUGCAUAGAGUGCCAUGUGUGUAUUGUGUAUUGCCGUGUGGAGCUUUGGGUCAGGGCAUUAGUGUCAAACUGCAGUUCCCCUUUGCCCUUAAAAUUUCCCUCAUCUUGUUUUGGGUUGAAUUUGGAACGGUGUCUGUUUUCUUGCUCACCAGAACACAUUGCAGUUUCACCCUUAGCUUCCCCAUAAAUAUUUCAUGCUCUAUGAACCUUCGUUACUGGAAUCUGUUAAAGUCAAGAGUGCAACUCCUCUGAGAAUCCUGGCUUUUAACUUGCAUGCGCUGGGAAAACAGGGAAAGCUGAAGUUUGCAAGUUGACAAAGCAUUUCACAUUUGAAUUCUGAUUUGUCUAGACUUCUCUAUGUCUUUUUAAGCGUUACAAACCAAAGGUGCAAAGCAAGAUUGUAAUUUUAAAAUCUAAUUGUUUCUUUUCUUUUUAACUCAGUAUUUUUUAUUAUUUUGAUUUUUCUUCAUACUAAAGAGAUUGUGGAACAAAAUGUUAAUAAUAAGGGGGAAAUCACUGCCAUUUCUAUGUGGUCUACUUUUUUAAAAGUACCACAUCUUAUAUAUUGGGGACAUAAAACCACACUUUAUGGAAAAUAUCUGUAACAUAAAGAAUGAGAAUAGGAUUUUUUUUAAAAAAAAGUUGAUAAUGCCUAAAGAGUGUGGCUGUGGAAGGAACUUCUGUACAUAGUUGUAAAAUACUAUUCUAAAUUAUUCAGGCCGAUUGUUACCAUUCUUGAAGUCCCCGGUUGUGUUGCUGGGUCUUUUGUAUGCACACAGUGUAAUUAAUUUAAAGCAACAUACACUUUUCCCAGGUUGUAGCUCAGCUGUGGACUUGUGACUUAUGUAUAACUGUUUUAAGAUCUUGCAUUUUACUUUUUUCAUUUUUUAAAAAUUACAUUUUAAGGAUUCGAAUUGGCUAAUAUCCUGCUGUUGCUAUGGGACCUAAACGUGACUUGUCAGUCUGCUGUAAAGCACAGAUGGCUCUAUUUAUUAUAGAAAGUGAGUUUAUUUGCUUUCUAGAACUGUUUAUAUCAGAUGGUAUAAAAGAGGUAAUAAAAUUCUAUGCUUGUAAAGAAAAAAAUGCUAAUUUUACCUACUAUAAUCUGACUGUCUGAAGCUAUAUUUUCUCUCUGAGAAAUAAAUGUUCUAAUGUAAAAUAACUAAUUGAAUUGUCUUGGGAGAUCCUUGACCUGACAAUCUGGACUUUGAAAUGUAAUGUGAAUUUUCAUGUCCCAAGCAUUUAGCAGUUUUCAUAUACAGUGAUGCCUUGCAAGACAAAAUUAAUUCGUCCCGCGAGUCGCUUCGUCUUGCGAUAAUUUUGUCUUGUGAAGCGCGGUUUUCUGCGGCAAAAAAAAAAACCUGCAAAAAAAUUCGUCUUGCGAAGCAUGGCCAUAGAAAACUUCCGUCUUCUGAGUCACCAAAAACAUAGCAAAAUGCUUUCGUCUUGCGAGUAUUUUGUUGCGCAAGGCAUUCAUCUUGCGAGGUACCACUGUACCUCAUUUCCUGGAAACCUGUGUGUUCCCAAAGCUUUUCCUCAAUUACAUUUAAGUGCCAGAUUUCGUAGAAUGUUGAAAAGUUGACAGGUAUGCAUUUCUUUAAGGAAUAUGUGCACCAUUUUCAAGAAAAAAUCUUCCCAAAAUGACAUGUCAAACACACAAUUACAUACGACGUAUGACUGUAAAACAUCACAAAAAUCUCAAAACAAGAUUUGAAAUCAUUACCAAAAGCCCCGAGGACCAGCACUAAUCCAGCAUAAAUAUCAAAAUUGGGCAAAAAUUUGGUAGUAGUACUGGGAAAUGGGAAGGUUUAAAAUGCGAGGACACUAAACACAUAAGCCUGGAAAAUACAUAAAGGGUGAUGUUUUUAUCUGUCACGUGUAGUUUGUCCCCACUCCAGCCCUGCCAUUCCCAAACUUUCAUGAUUUUAGGCUUGCAAGGAAGAACUCUGAGGCUACUGUGGUAAAUUGAACUUAUGGGUAAGCAGCCUGUGUAAUGUUAUCCACAACAAAUCUUUUUCCAGCCAUGGAAGCAUAUUUCCAAUGCUUGUGGAUUGGGAUAGAAAUUGAGUAUAUGCUGCAGCAAUCUCAUGGUGAUUUUCUGCCCAUUGCAAAUGCUGUGUGAAUCCACAUAACACAUAAUCAGUGUGUCAAACUGGAUUGCAUGAACUGGUUUACAGAACUGGGAACAGGCCACUUUAUGAAAUAGAAUUAUAUUAGUUCAGCAGUGGCGUUUGUUAUUGAGUCUGCUCAUAUGGGAAGGACUUUGGAGAGAUGUUUUUCUCCUCUGGUUCUUCGAGGGCAUUCUGGAUUAUCCAUGGUAGAAACUCCUCUUGCUGGGAGGGAAGUGACUCAUGUUUCUUGACAUAGCUCCUUUAAGGAGGGACAUCUCUCCUUUCCCCAGCUACCCUACCCAGUGGCAGAUAAAUCAUUUGGGCUUGCAUCCCUUUGUGACCUGUUGGUUUUAACAAGGCAGCACAAUCCCAAAGAAACAUCUGGACCAAUGGAAGCUAUUCAUCAAGUCUUUAUUGAACCUUGGAUGCAUAAUCAGAGAGAUCAAGUGAUAAUAACAGUAUUUCUCUUUGGUUUGGUCCCAACAGAAUGAAGAGUUUGACCACAUGGCCAACUCGUAUUCUGGUAGCUCCCAUGAAGGAACAGUCUUCCUCACUCUAUGCUCAAUACUUGGCUGGCACAGACCAUAGUCUGCUGUAGGGAUUGGGUGCCAUUCCACCCAUCCAUGUACAAAACAAAAGAUGGAAGAAGCUGAAGUUUGUAUUGAUAGAUUCUGAGUUUGUAGAGCAGUGACUAAUAAUCAGUUUCACGAACAUCCAAAAUAUUGUGACAGGAGUGAAGAAUGGAGCCUGAUUGCUUCAUAGGGCACAUAUGGUAAUUGGGUGUUAAGUAAUUUAUUUGUGAUUUGAUGUCUUGAAGUCAUGCAGGAAGCAAGACAGAAAGUCAACAAGUUCCUACCUUGUUGAUUUAUCCUCCAUUGUCCCUUCCCCCACUUACCACCUUCUCAAUCCACUUGGUGCAUUUGUUGUCUAUGAAAACUCAGACUAUAAUAUGCCAUUUAAUGGUACAAUCCUGUAUUUAGGCCUAUACAGUACUGGCUGGGAAGCCAAAAGGUAUAAGGUGGGAGCAAAAAAAAGCAGGAUACAACUCAACCAGUGAAGAUACCCUAACACAACUUUGUGGGUAUGCCAGUGGAACUCCAUGCAACCCUGCACUGCCAGGACAACUCGGCUGGUGGAAUGACCAAAAAGGAGUAAAUAUAUGGGAGUGAUGAAUGAGUAAACAGAUGCCAGCUCCUGUACUCUCAGCCCUACUCCUAACAUCAGCAUAAUACCAUUCCUAGAACUCAAUAAGGACUGGCUCCUUGUAUGGCUGGCUGAGAUGAUAUCAGCCCACGAUUGGUGGGCGCUGGUAGUGUUGCCCAUGGGCACUGGGGGUGUGGCUGUUGUUGCGCCAUUCCACGUUACUUGCUCCUCAAAUUUGUGCUGGGCUUUGCUGGAUACUGUCGAUAAGUUACGCCAACCUUGCGGUGGUGCAACAAGACGAAGAUUGCACUCUGCUUGUUUCUUAGGAGCACAAUAGUAGUCUGCCACAGACUUAACCUCAAAACUGCUCCUCUGAGAACAGCUCAGGCAGGUCACACCCCACCACAUCUCCCCCAAACCAUUACUAUCACUCUGUGGUUUCUGUUUAAAAUAAUUUAAUUAUAUCUUAAAUCCUACAAGGGCUUAGCAGCCCGAUUUAAUGAGUGAGCUGCCAAUUUUGGAGUCAGAAAAUAAGGUGGAAUCAUAGUUGUGGAGGAAAGCCAUCUCCCCUUCCUCGUUGAGCUGGAGCUUCAGGAUGACCCUGCAGGCCUGGAUCUGUACCUCUUCCUCGGGGUGAAUGAUGAGUGAGAGGAGGCGGUCAGCUAGGCGGGAAUCGUCCCCGAAAAGGACCUCAUGAAGGGAUGACUCAUUGUACUGCCAGCUCACUGACUGGUACUGGGGAGUAAGGCGACCCUCACAAAGCCGUUCCACAAAUACCAGCAGCUCAAAGAGAAUAUUUCCAGGUCGGGAAGGUUGGAAGAGGUGGAGGAAAUCUGGAUGGACCUUUAAAAAGAAGAUCAGGUUGAUUUUGUCUUAAAGGAAAGACAGCACACUAGGCCUGGGCCUGCAGGUCCUACCCGUCUGGAUGACUAACUCCAGAUUCUUCAGGCGGAAACCAAAUGCCACCCUCCAGAUCUUUCAAUCUGGCCCUUUGAACUCUCCCUGGGCCACACCCUCCCCAGCCACAUUCUACCCAUUUUUGCCUCCGACCCUGCUCACUGCUGGUAUGUGGUUCUCAGAAGGUUGCCCAGAGAGGAAGGCAGCCCUCAGGCUAAAAAUGAAUGUAUGCCUGUUCUUCUAGGAAAACAUCCCAGGCAGCAGGAAGGCAAUGCACUGCUCUGCUCUGUUAAUGCCGCUGCAUUAAGCUGCAGCAGACCUGGAAGUCUAGUACUGCUGCCUUCUGGUACCUUUUGCUUCCUUCCUCUCCCAGGUUUCCCCAACAAAGACAGGACUGAAAUCUUUACCUGGCAGUUCAUGAUGUCAAAUAACAGAGCUUCCUUUUGGGCUAGCGUGCCAAGGAAUUUUAGAACCUGCACCUGAAAAAGACAGUUGCAAGUAUAUCAACAUUACAGGUGAGGUGUUUCACUCUUGUUUUAUGGCUUCCACUUAAUGCCCUCACAGGAUUUAGGACAGGGAUGAGGGACCUGUGGCCCUCCAGAUGUUUUUUGAGCUACAACUUCCAUCAUCCCUUGAUGAUUGGCCAUGUUGGCUGGGGCUAAUGGGAGUUGGGAGUCCCACAACAUCAGGAUUUCUCCCAUGGGUGUACCCAGCAUGGGGCAGGGGGGGAAGCUGCCCCCCUAGAAGCAGGGCAGCUGGAGAGGACAGGCAGGGACGCUGCCUGCUGUGCUUCGCCUCAGCCUGCUUGGCUGAAGCGAAACAGCAGCAGCGGUAGUGAAGCUGCC